UGAGCUUUCUGGAACGAGUGGUGGAAAGAGGGCGCGGAGUGAGUAACUACUCUGGUCUGCAGAGCAGACUAAUCCAAGCUGAUUCGAACUUCUGUAGAUUCAUUGAGUCUGGACAAGCUGUCAUUAUCGCAUGAUGUAUUCCAAUAAUCCAUAUUUCAAGAAGAAAUCCUAAAUCUCAACAUUGACGUUGUGGCUUUUUGGAUUGGGCCACAACGUAAGAUGUGACACCGCUAGAACCAUCCCACCCAACUGCAUAAUACUCUAUAAUACGCUUUAUCUUGCAUAAAAAAGAAGAUACUCCAAAAUAAUGAUGCGAACUUUGAGCACUUGGCCAAAGAGCAAUUUCGUGCUGAGCUGAACGAAAGUACGUGCUAAUAUGAGGAUUCAACUAAACGUCGAAGACAAUUGUGGCUGUGAGCAAACUCCUAAAAUAUUCGAAUAAUGUAGAUCUCGAUGUCAAAAUUUGACUAAUACAAAAUAGACAACUGAAACGAUGACGGUUCCCAGCCGCGUGUCCAAACACUUUGUGGUUACAUUGAGCAUGGGCAUUGUUUUUGGCUUCAGUUUUGCCUACAUGGUCCUGAACAUGUCACCAUAUAACAACAUAAACCCGGACUCGAACUAUUUGGUGGAUCUGACACAGUCAUUGACAAGCUCAGGCAAAGGAUCUCAUUCCCAAGAACUAUUGCCAAUGGAUGGUCCAGACGAACCAAUGGUGUUUCAAGAUCAGUGGAGUCACACAGAUGAUGAUCUCAAAGCCAAGGAAAUGGCCAAGCAAAUCAGAGUCUUGUGUUGGGUCAUGACUGGACCAGACAACCAUCAAACCAAGGCCAAACAUGUUAAGGCCACCUGGGGCAGGCGGUGUAAUAAACUCAUAUUUAUGAGCUCUAAAGAGGAUCCAUCCUUGCCGAGUGUGGGUUUGCCGGUUUCGGAAGGCAGGAAUAAUCUUUGGGCCAAGACCAAGGAAGCCUUCAAAUACGUGUAUAAACAUCACUACGAUGAAGCCGACUGGUUCCUGAAAGCAGACGACGAUACCUACGUGAUUUUGGAGAACCUACGAUACAUGCUCCAGUCCCAUAAUCACAGCGACCCGUUAUACUUUGGCUGCAAAUUCAAACCGUACAUCAAACAAGGUUAUAUGAGCGGAGGAGCCGGCUACAUCCUAAGCAAAGAGGCCUUGCGCCGUCUAGUCACGAAAGGCCUCACAGACCAAACCGGUGUGAUAUGUCGUCCGGAUGAAGGUGGAGCCGAAGAUGUUGAAAUGGGCAAGUGCAUGGAAAAUCUCAACGUUGUGGCAGGUGACUCGAGGGACUCGCUCGGCCGUGGCCGAUUCUUCCCCUUAGUACCUGAACAUCACCUCAUGAUCGGGCAGCUUCCAAAAGAUUUCUGGUUCUGGAAAUAUGUUUACUAUCCCGCUGAAGAGGGCAUGGGAUGCUGCUCUGAUAGUGCCAUAUCAUUUCACUACGUCUCGCCAGGUCAAAUGUACGUGAUGGAGUACUUUCUGUACCACCUUCGACCCUACGGGAUUGACUCGGGAGUGCGAUUUGCCAAAGAGACCGAACAGAACACGAAUGUGAUUCCCAGUGAAGAGUUGAAACCAAAAUCAGUCGACACGUCAUACAACGAACUUGCUCAAAACAUUUCGUCACAAUGAGGCUUUAGCAGCAACCUCGUGUCUCUCAAUGAACUGCAUGGGCAUUUAUCAACCCUUAAUCUUAAAUGUUAAAAGAAUUUUGAUGUUCCAAAACUAUAGCUGAAUU